AUGGCUACGGAUGUGGACCUUGGAAUGGACAAGCUGAUACAAGCCAUCAUCACCUCCGAGUUUACAGACCAAACAAUCAUCGUAAUUACACAUCGCUUAAAUACGAUAGUGGAUUAUGAUAGUGUCGCUGUCAUGGCCGAUGGUAAGUGCGUGGAAUUCGAUGACCCUAAGGUGCUUUUGGAAAAGGAGGAAUCUUUGCUUAGAGGCCUUUUGGAAUCCUAA